AUGAGUUACAGGACUGUGGUGAUGUACAUGGAGAUCGGCUGCUUUGUUGUCUGUGUUUCUGGAUGGAUCCUGGUGUGUUCCACAAUGCCCACAGAUAUCUGGACAUGGUCUGAGAUAGAAACCAGAGUCUUGACUACUUCACACUACUUCUCCAACCUGUGGAAGGAUUGUAUAGCUGAUUCAACUGGAGUAACUGACUGCAAGGACAUUCCAUCACUGCUUGCACUGAAUUGGGACAUUCACAUGUGCCGCGCUCUCGUCAUCACCUCUAUUAUCUUGGCUUUCUUUGGAUCAGUUCUGGUCUUAGUGGGAAUGAAGUGUACUAAGAUUGGGGGAUCAGAGAUUGUUAAUGCAAGACUAACCUUUGCUGGGGGAAUGAACUACUUUAUCGGAGGAAUGUGUUCUAUGAUUGCUUUCUCCUAUUAUGGAAACAAACUUAGAGCAGAAUUUCAGGACCCUAACUACAAAACUGAGAAGUUUGAAAUAGGCGUUGGUGUCUUUAUCGGCUGGGGAGGCUCCGCCUUACUUGUUGUUGGAGGCCUCAUUUACAGUCUCUUUGCAGGGAGGGAAGGGUUCCACUCAAGCUCAAAAAGAUUCCCUGAAUACCAGUUCCCUGAUGCCUACAGAGUUGUUCCGACAAAAAAGAGCAUUCCGUUUUUGGCUCACACAGAGAUUAGUGAGAGCAGAAAACCAAGGACCACCAGUGGCAGCAGAGGCAGCAGCAUCUCUGGGAUCACAACCACCACCAAUUCGUCAGCUAUAAAUGCAUAUGUAUGA